CGCCAUCUACCGGUAGCACCUUGCCCGGCGUUGAAAGCCCCGUCCUGCAAUCAGCCAAGCCAGGGGCUACUAUCCAACCAGCAAUUGGUGGAAAGUUUAGCACCGGCGCUGUAUCGCAUUAGAAUUUCCCCUUUUGGCUUCUCUAGAUCUCGUACGGUCUCCUUUGUCUUCCUAUUUCGCACGACCGUACGACGGCUCCGAAGGUCUCGAUCCACAUGUCUCCGAUUGCCUAAACUAUUCCGUCAAUGACUUGAGCACCUCGUCCCAAAUGCUAACGCCAUCGUAGUUAGGGUCAUCUCUAUGCGACGUUGAGUCAAUGCUGAACCAUGUGCAUUAAAUUCGUCGAUAUAUGCCAAAACUACUAGCCCGCCGCCAGCACAGCUCCACGGACCGGGCUCAAGCUUCAAACUCGGUAACCUAGUCCGGGCUUGUAUUCGGAAGAAACCCCCUUAAUUGCAGGGCAGCAAGCCAAGGGGAGAUGGCGCCGCGUAUACAAAGGAUGUGGGGGGUCGGCGUGAGCCUUUUAUGAAGAAAUCGCAUCUCGACAAGUCUGGUCAGAAACGAGCAGACUCGGUCUCACCAUCUUGCCCAUCAUGCUGUGGCCAACGUUUUUCAGCUUCUUGUUCGCCUGGGCCGGCGUUGUUCGCGGCAUCACGGUUACUUCAUCGAGCGCAUCAUAUGUUGUCGACACUGCUAGUUCGUACAAUUUCAUCGUGACGAUUAGCCGCUCAACAUGUGACAUCACCUCACUAAGGUUCUACGGGACUGAGUACCAGUACCAGAGAACUGGAAGUCAUAUUGCGUCGGGGCUCGGCAGCGGCACAUCUGUCUCGUACACAACCAGCCCCUCUGGUGACACUGUCAUCUUUGCUUGCACGCAAAGAAGCAGCUCAUUUGAUCUUACGCACUACAUGGUCUUCCGCAAUGGCGCGGCCAACAUCUGGAUGGGCACCAGCAUCAACCAGGAACCGUCAAUUGGAGAGUUACGAUACAUCUUCCGCCUGACGGGUUUGAGCGCUGCCUACCCAUACGGUGAGGUCUCGAAUACUGCAGGCGGUAGUGCCAUCGAAGGCUCUGAUGUUUAUAACGUCAAUGGCCAGACGCGCAGCAAAUUCUACUCAUCUGAACGCUUUAUUGACGAGAAGGUGUAUUGUGCUACCGAUUCUGGUGCUACUGUUCACGCUUGUUGGGUACGACCAAACCACCAAGCUACUGAGAAAAGCUCUGGCGGGCCUUUCUUCCGUGAUAUCAGCUUGAAUAAUGGCGGCGACUAUCAGUCAGUGACUUACUACAUGAACUCUGGCCACGUCCCCACGGAAUCCUUCCGAACAGGUUUCCAUGGUCCGUAUGUCUUCUCUAUGACUCGCAGCGGUAUUCCUUCCGCUAGCUCCAUCGAUGUAUCUUUCUUCGACAGCCUCAACCUCCAGAACUACGUCCCUAUUUCCGGACGCCGUGGGUAUAUCAAGGGUACCGCGACUGGCGUGUCUUCGAGCUUCCCCAUCGUCGUCCACUGGUACAACAACAAUUACCAAUUCUGGGUCUAUGCCAGCUCCUCCGGCGCGUACACCUCGCCGCCUAUGCCUGCCGGCUCCUACACAAUGAAGCUGUAUCAGGAUGAGUUCCUCGCUGCGACUCAGACCAUCUCCGUCACAGCAGGCUCAACCGUGACCUCGAACAUCGCGGCGACCGCGGUAGCUCUAACAGGGUCGAGAAACACCAUCUUUAAGAUGGGUGACUAUGAUGGACAGCCAACUGGGUUCCUAAAUGCGGCCAAUCAGCUACGCAUGCACCCAUCAGAUAGACGUAUGUCGAACUGGUCACCAGGCACUGUCGCUAGCACGGCCGCCUCUUCAUGGCCUAUGGCUAUGUUUAAGAGCGUUAACAAUGGCCAGAAGAUCAGCUUUUCGCUCCCAAGCGCCGUGUCUGCUACUGCUACGCUCCGAAUCGCCACCACUCUCUCCUUCGCCGGUGGACGGCCACAAGCCAUCGUCAACUCAUAUACGUGCCCCGCGCCCGCUGCCCCCGCGAAGAUCGAUAGCCGUGGUGUGACCCGCGGCGCAUAUCGCGGAUACGGCGAGAUUUAUGAGUGCAGUAUCCCUGCUGGUAAUCUCAGGAGCGGUAGUAACACCAUCACCAUCAACGUCGUUUCUGGCUCGAGCGGCGAUGCAUUCCUGAGUCCUAAUGUGGUUUUCGACGCUAUUGAGCUUUUCUACUAAUUCCAGAAGGGGUUGUGGAAGGGGUUUCGCGGCAGUCAUGCCAUAGCUUACUUGUCAAGCGUCAUAUAAGCCGCUGUUUCCUCUCACCAGGCUCCCUGAUCGUCGUUCGUACUAGACGACACGGAGGAUAGAUGUGC